GCUGAUUGCUGGCGAUAGUUUUUUUUUUCACCCCUGGUUUAGGGUUUAGGGUUUUAGAGCUUCAGAAAACCGAAGCGGCAGAGCAGUGCAGCGAUUGAUGCUGUUGGUUGGAGAAUUGGACCUGUCGGGGCACAUCAAACGGGACAGGAGCAUUCGUAGACCAGCAUGAAGCUGGUGGCGGGAUCCUACGAGCGGUUUCUAUGGGGCUAUGACGUGAAGCUGAAGAAACAGGAGCUGCAAUGGAAGUUUGCUUAUCCGGCGCACAUCGGCGCCAUCAAGUGUAUCGCCAGCAGUGGUGCUGUUGUGGCCACCGGCGGAGCCGACGACACCAUUCGCAUCUUCGACCUCAAUGCGCAGAAGGACAUGGGGUCGCUGUACAAGCAUGAGGGCGCGGUCACGUGCUUGGACUUCCACAAUUCGCACCCCUCGAUCAAUCAUCCCACGCACUUGUUAAGCGGCUCGGAGGAUGGCUCUAUCUGCAUUUGGGACACGGACGCCUGGGUUCAUUUGCUUACCAUGAAGGCGAAGAAAGGCCCCAAGUCGGCAGUGCAAGACUUGUCCAUUCAUGUUUCAGGACUCCUUGCGCUGUCAAUUGAGCGGAAUCACAACAUGAAAAUGUGGAAUUUAACGAAAGGGAGGUGCAGUUUUACCACCAAGCUGCCUAGUGAAGCUGAGAUAGUGAAGUUCUUCCCCCAGAGUGGCGAGUCGUAUGCUUUGGUCUUAGGAACUGCCCUGGAGAUUCGCAAUGCAGAGACAGGGAGCACAAUUCAUCGUCUUCAGCAUGACAAGAAGGUUUUCUGCAUAGCCCAACGCGAGGACAAUCUGCUGGUCACCGGGGGUGAGGAUUGCAUAGUGAGGGGUUGGGAUACGAGAUCAGGGAAGCAGGCCUGGUCGAUUGCCAAUGCACACUCCAAUCGGAUCAAGGGAGUUGCAAUUUUGAGAUCCAAGUCUGCCACAGAUGAAAACACAGGGGAGCCACCAGUUAUCGUUGCUUCCGCGUCUUCAGAUGGACUGCUGAAGGUUUGGGAUACUCGAAUGGUGAGAUCUAAUAGUGGGGCUGCUCCGGCACCUCUUCUGCAGGCUGAGACUAAAGCUCGACUGACUUGCCUCGUUUCUAGUUCUGGUGUCAAGAAACCUAAAGCAUCUGACAGCAUUCCCGAGGGAGAUUUGUCCAGUAAACAGCGUUUAUCAGCCGGAUCUUAUGCAGAUCAACAAGGAAGCGAACAAGUGCACAAGAAAAAGAAAAGAAAGUCGAGCUUAGGUGGCAGUGAGCCUGGUGAAGGAAACAAGUAUUUGCCCGAAAGUAAGCGACAGAAGAAACAAAGAGUGAAGAGUAAAGGGAAAAAGCAGGGCAAGAGUCUGCCAGGAACGCCACUUCCAAGCAAUCCUGCUCCAGUUGCAAAAACCCCAAAGUCAAAGUCUUCGUUUCGCAAGCGAUCCAGCCGAUCAAAGCCUUAAAUUCUCUUUGCUAAUCGUAUACAAGGUCCAAAUUAAACUUGGAAAGGCUUCCCACCCGGCAAGUCUCCCAAUUAUACUUUUUUUACCAAAAAUUGGAAAGAUGGCAAAAAUUUUCAACUCGAACAUAAUUUUUUUGAUAGUUGACUCUGGUUUUCAUAUCUCUAGUAAUUCAUUAUGUUUUUGAAAAAGUGAAAUUUUAGUUGUAUUCUACCUUAGUUCCAGACCUCCCGAUUCUUAGGUUGAUAUGGUUGUGAGAGUAGUGCAGGUGCAACAGCUGUACAGAUUCAACAUGUACAUGGCUAACUAGUAUGAAAUUGAGAGCUAGACCCUGAGAUUUUCAUUUGAGAUUUGUUUGUUUGAAAAUUGUGAAACCUGUCCAUGAAAUAGGCUAGCAGUUGCAAACGGAAAUCCGAAUAGUGCGUUGCUCCACAAAAUCAUACGUUCAGUUUUGAUGCACUGAGUUCAUAUGAUAAAUGUUAUCCCUUAAAUUAUUAUCAAUCAAGAAGUACUAGUAUCUUGCUAUGGUA